AUGGAAAAAUUGUAUGAAGUAUUUCCUUGUUCUGAAACUCAGAAAGUCCUCCUAGCCACCUACACUUUGAAAGACGAAGCCCGCAGGGAUCAGAAGGUGUCCGAGUUUCAAGAACUCAAACAGGGAAGAAUGUCUGUGGCAGAAUACGAAGCUAAAUUCACCGAACUGGCACGGUUUGCUCCACAUAUAGUGGAUACUGAUUACAAGAAAGCACGAAAGUUUGAAGGUGGAUUGGAUUUAGAGGUAUUUGAUCGAGUAGGCGUACAGAAAUUGCCUACUUAUGUGGAAGUGUUAGACAGAUCCUUAAUGGCAGAGGCCACUCUAGCCGCCAUGAAACAAGGUAAAGCCCCAGCAACUACAACAACUGAGUGGAGAGGAAAAAGAUCCGGGUUUGGUUUUAAAAAAGGCCGGUCCUUUGUUAGUAAGAAGCAAAACACAAGGACUUCGAACAGCUCGAGUCAGAGUAGUGGGUCUAUUCCGGUCUGUUCUGAUUGUGGUAAGAGGCACAGAGGUGUGUGCUACCGGGUGUCCGGUGCUUGUUUCCGGUGUGGCCAGCCAGGUCAUGUAGUGAAAGAUUGCCCGCCCAG